AUGUUCAACAAUCAGCUCAUUCUGAGGGCAUUAGACGCGUCUACUUCUGGCCCGCAGCGUCAAGGAAAGCCUCGCGAACGAGCAGCUUCAGACUUUUGCCUUUUAGAACGUCUACCGACAACAGCUGUAUUACUGCGAGACGCUGAUGCAGCUCUUGAAAUCGCUGAACUUCGACAACUACGCUAUCGAAGAGACGAGUCGCCAGAAGAGGUGGAAGAAGGGAGUGAUUCAGAUGAAUCCGGACCAAUAGAAGUACCCAAGGCACCAGAAACGCCCACCUCAAGUAAUCGCCUCAGUUUUUUUGCAGAUUCCAUCCGGAGUCGCAAGCUGUCAUUUCCCUUUGGAAAUCAGCAGCGAGAGAAUGUACCAUGGAAGGAUCCCCAACCAUACGAGGUACUACGUGCCGUUGAACGCAAGGACCUGAUGUUUCUGAUGGCAAGUGUCUCAUAUACGGAGCGCGGUUCUUCUGACCUCUUCCAGGAAGUGAGGGAUCGCGCAUUCCACCUUCUACUUCGCAAAACAGGGGAGGUCACCCCGUUACUCCACGCUAUGAGGAUCGGUCAAUCCCAUAGAGAGGUAGCCAUUGUGCUCGUAGGUGCGCUCAGCCGUUGGGUCAACCAUCUGGAGGAUGAGGAGGUGGAGAAGCCAAAGACAAAGGUACUCCUAAAGGCCCUUCGCACAAACCUAAAGCUCGCCAUUGAUUAUGGCCUUCAAAGCUCCCAGUCCGAUCUUCUCGCGUCGUUCUUGCAGACCCUGAUCAUGAGCGAGGGUGACAAAUGGGUAUGGAACCAGAUUUCCACCGUAGGACUUGCGCUUCGAGCAAUCCCUUCCGAAGGUCAGCCUGUUGCGACAGCUGAACAAGCGGUGAGGGCCUUUACAACACGCGAGCUGGGGAAAGCAGCUUCUAUUGCUUCGAUAGAAGACUACAUAGCGAACGCUACCGCGGAUCUAUUAAUGAUGGCCGCAUGGGACGUUGCGUCACAAACCGUCGGAGGCGACCCUAUUCCGACGUAUUGUUUCGCCCGCGACGAACGGGUCCACACAAUAUUUGUGGCACGAAUCCAUGAAUAUCGAGACCCCAUAUUCAAACAAUGCACAAGACGGCUCCGUUGGCAAAUCAAGUUGCUGGAGACUGCCCUCAAGGGUCGUCAUCUUACAUUCAGGCGAAAGGUGGAGAUGCUGCGUGGGGAGCUCGACGCCGGUACCGGUCCUCAGUGA